AGGGAAGCCGGCAGGGGCUGCGCCCGCUCCCCCGGCACCUCCUUUGAGGACAGGGCAGGGCCCGGGCUCUUGCCAGCCGCUUUGGGCCAGCAGGGGCUCCCGGGCCAGGCUGUGCCCCGAGCCUGGGCUUCUGGCGCAGGACAUGGGGGAGGACCCCGGGAGACCACAGUUCUCCCUCCCCUGCGAGGUGGGCCGGCGUCCCGGAGCCCCCUGGAAGGGCUCCCUUGUGUGGAAGCGCCCCCUAGAGACGUGGAGUCAGUCUGAAUGGAGAGCCAGGCGAGGGAGAGCCGGUGCCCGCCGGGGACAGUGAGGUCACCCCUUACCACAAAUCAUGAGUCCUGCUUGGAGACCUGGUCCUUUGCUGCGCUAAUAGACAGGAAGGGGCUGCUCACUCAGAGAGCCCGAGUGGCCGAUCGGCCACAUGGAGAGCCCCGUCAGAACCAAGAACCUGUCUGUCAGCGUCCCCAAAGAUGUUCACAGUAUUAUUGAGGGGAUCGUCUCCUCUUUUUCCCCUACUCUGGACUUGAGCAAAAGAGGCCUUGAACAUCUAAGUGAAGAAAUCUUCAAAAUCUCUCAUCUGAAACAAUUGCAUCUCCAAAGAAAUGAACUCAGCAUAAUUCCUAAAGAUUUCUUUCAGCUCCUGCCAAAUCUUGUUUGGCUGGAUCUCCGGCAUAAUAAAAUUAAAGCUAUUCCUUCUGGAAUUGGAUCUCACAAGAACCUGAAAACUUUGCUUAUGGAAAAGAACCCCAUAAAAGCACUGCCGGUGGAGCUGGGAAACUUGAUGUCACUGAAAGCCCUGAACCUGAGGAACUGCCCUCUGGAGUUCCCUCCCCCCCAAGUCAUCCACAAAGGCCUGCCAGCCAUCCUGGCCUUCCUCCGCGCUUGGGCCCUGGAGCACUCUGCCUCCCUGCUACAGCAAGAAGCCGUCCCGAUGCAAAAGGCGAACUCUGUGAAAGAGCUCUCCGGGGCCAGGUCGGAGGCCGAGCCGCCGGCCUCGGCGGGGGAGGACUCCCGGGGGAAGGACUACCACUUCCCGCUGGUGGAGAGACUGAACCUGGCCGGGGUCACGGAGUCCAGUCCCGACCUCUCGGAGGACGUGUCCAGCGACGAGGGGAUGAAGCAGUUCUGGCAACUGAGGCAGGAGAUCGUGGCCGCCGAGAAGGCCGACAUCCUCUCCAACCAGCUGCCCCUCGAGCUGCAGAACCGCGCCAAGGAGCACCUCCACAAACCCAAGUACAGCUUCAGGCCGCCGCUGAAAAAGCCGUAUAAUUCUCGAAAGAAAACCCCUUCCUCCAAGAGCAUAUUUCCUGAAAUCCCAUCCCACGAGACACAGAUUCAGAUCAAGAAAGACGAAGAGAAACACUUGGCCGCCCUCAAGGAGCUAAAGGAGAAGCAGGCGUUGAUAGAGCAACGGAAAAGGAGGGCCUCGGGCCCAGGAAGGAGCUGGACAUUUGGGGAGCCGAAGGCCCCUGGGCAGCCCCCGGACAUCCUCCGCCCACAGCGCGGGCCGGCCGCUCCUGGCGACAGAGAGAAAACAAUGCUCCAGAAAUGGCGACAACGAACCAAAGGAACAAAGAAAAAAGAGGUCCUUGGGGACACGCGCCAUCUGCCAAAGGACAUGGUAGUAGAAAAAGCGCCGUUUGCCACCCAGCCCGAGGAGGAGAAAAAGGAACUUGAAAAAAAGAAAGCGAUCCAAUUGAAAGUGGCGCCGUACCCGGACGAGCGCAGAACCUCCAAAGACAGGGAGAUCGAAGAGCGCAUAAAGCACCACAUGGAGGCCCUGCGCCAGAGGAGGAGAAAGGCCAGAGGGGCGCCUCGGGAGGAGACGGCCAGAAAGCUACAUGAGGACGCGCCCCGUCCGGGCCCGAAGAAAGAAUAUCGCUUCACUGCUUUCACUGGCGAAGUGGCUCUUCAGUCGCCCAUGUGCCAGCCCCAAAAUAUAUUUUCUAACAUGAAAUUUUAGGGUUUUUAGCUCAUGCAGUAGCCCCUCCCCCUCCUCCCCCCCCCCCCCCCCCAGCCCUGGAGCAGUUUUGGAUGUGAAACUGUUGUGUUCUUUCCCCGGUGAAGAAAUAUUGGAAUAAGUCGUUACCUCAGUCACCCGCGACCUUUUCCAGUGUGUUGCUUUUUCAAAGGAUGUAAAGUGUUUUCACGGAUUAAAAUGAAUGAGCCGCUGUCCCAAGCUCUGCGUAGACAUUGCCACCUUUGCAGCCACCUGAUGGGUCAUUUUCAGUAUCAAUAAACGUGCAAGCCAU